AUGGAGCAGGGGAUGGCUGAUCCGCGACUGAGCGACUUCGAGUUCUUCAAGAUCCUGCUCCCCGGAAUGUCCAAGAAGAAGCUGAGGCUGCCCUCUAAGUUCGCGGCGGAGCUCGGAGAUCGCCGGGACGUGAAGCUGCGGCUUGCCGGCGGAGGAGGGCCCCUGUGGGACGUGAAAAUCGUCUCCAACGAUGACGGCAUGUACCUCGGCCGCGGCUGGGAGCAGUUCAGCCACGUCCACGACCUGCGGGAGGGCAACCUGCUCGUCUUCCGCUACGACAGCGCCGACGUGCUCAACGUCACGAUCUUCGACCGGAGCACGUGCCGCAAACAUUACCCGCACGCCGCCGUCGUCGCCGCCGGUACGUCCGUCUGUGGCGGAAGCACCAGCGCCGGCCGAAGCUCGCCGUCCAUCGCCGAGCCAUCGUAUUUCGCCGUGACUCUGAGGCAGUGCAACCUGGGAACGAAGCAGAACCAGUACCUGAACGUGCCCGUCGAGUUCCAGGACGCGCACGGGUACGCGCGGCGGCGCCGGGUGGUGCUGCGUAUGGGCGGCAGGUCGUGGGCCGUGAACCUGAAGCGCGGCAAGCGGGAGCACGGGGACCGCACGGCGUUCAAGUACGGGUGGCACCAGUUCUGCGUCGACAACGGCCUCGACCUCGGGGACACCUGCUUCUUCCGGGUGAUCCGCGAGGGCGGCAGCGGCGACGGCGAGGAUGAUGAUGACGUGCUCAAGGUCGAGGUGCGCAAGAAGGACGGCACCUUCGUUGCCUGA